AUGUCGUCCACGCCGCCCACCACCACCCCCAACUCGCGCUUCACGCCCAACACCGAGACGCUCGAGGACGCGCUCAAGACGCAGACCGUGGGUCUGGUGCACCUGUCCGACUUCAAGAAGCGUCGCGUCGAGCUCGCCGAGCAGCGCGAGCGCGAGGCGGCCGAAAAGCUCCAGACCUACCGCGGGGCCUCGUCACGCGAGGGCAGCGAGACGCCGGCGCCCGCAGCAGCAGCAGCGAGGAAGAAGAAGAGGAAGGCCGUGGUGAAGGGGAAGCUGUCGUUUGGCGGCGAGGAGGACGAUGAGGAGGGGGGGACACCGGAGGCAGAGGCGGAGGCAGAGGCGGGGGGGGUGAAGAAGAAAGACAACGAAAAAGUAGAGGGACCGGGGGAGGGGGAGGGGGAGGGGGAGGCAGCGGUGGCGGUAGGCGAGGCCAAGAAGCGCAAAGUAAACCCGAAGCUGCGCGCGCCGCCGCCAAAGGUGCUGACCAAGAACACGCUGCUGCGCGAGGCGCAGGAGCGCGAGACGCUGCGGAGGGAGUUUCUGGCGCUGCAGGAGAAGAUCAAGAAUGAGGAGAUCAGCAUCCCGUUUGUGUUUUACGAUGGCACGAACGUCGCACCCCCGGACGGCUCCGGCGUCCAGGUCAAGAAGGGCGAGAUGGUCUGGCUGUUCCUCGAGCGCGCGCGGCGCAUGAGCGGGCGGCGCGAGUGGCUGCGCGUGUCGGUGGACGACCUGCUGCUUGUGCGCGGGGAGGUGAUCAUCCCGCAUCACUACGAAUUCUACUACUUCAUCGUGAACCGCACACAAGGCCCCAACGGCACGCUCUUCGACUACCCCUCGCCGCUCGACCCGCCCAACCCCAACGGCGAGCCCACCACCACCACGCAGGGCGGCAAGGAGGACCCCACCAUGACGAAGGUCGUCGACCGCAGGUGGUACGAGCGCAACAAGCACAUCUUCCCCGCCAGCGUGUGGACCGAGUUUGACCCAAACACCGACUACCGCAACAUGGUGAGGAGGGACCAGGGCGGGAAUGCGUUCUUCUUUGGGUAG